AUGGCGCUGAUAAACGUGCAACGGACAUCGCCCCUGUCCCAAACUGCUAUCGUCUCCAUUGUCUUCUUUUGCUGUGUCGGCCUCACAUCCGCAGUCUCGGGGCUGGGCGCUGGAGGUAGUCACCCCAGGAACAUACCCGUUGUUGACCGCAUCAACGCACUUCUCUGUGCCUGCAUGGUUCUCUCAGGUCUCGUCUCGGGAAGCUUUAUCAACAAGCUAGGUCCUAGGGUUUGUCUGGUUUUCGCCGCAACAGGAUAUCCCAUCUACACAGGAGGCCUAUGGUGGCUGGAUUCUGGCCGUACCGCAGGAUUCUCGUACUUCUGCGGUGCUCUCCACGGUAUCACGGCCGGUCUAUUCUAUUCUACUGCAACCUACAUUGUCAGUUGCUACUCAACGGAGCAGGUGAGGGGAGCAUACGUAUCCUCUGUCUGGGUCGCCUUUGCCCUUGGGUCGGCCAUUGGCUCAGCCACUGUCCUUGCCAUUACGAUCCAUUCUGGGGUGUCAAAGAGCCACGUACCGCCAGCUGUCUACAUCACAGUCAUUGUUAUCCAAUCUUUUGGUGUUUUAGUUGCCUGCCUUUUGAGCGACCCAUCCACAGUUCGUCGCAAUGAUGACCGUGCUGUUGCUUAUUUUGCGAAUCACUCUUGGAUCGAGGAGCUAAGAUGUAUCUUCCGGGAAUCUUUGGCAUUGAAGACAUUGGUUCCCUCCAUGGCGUUUGCCGUCUGUCAAGUUCCCAAUGGUUUCUUUGGCUCUGUCAAUGCAUUCUACUUCAACGCUCGCACGAGAGCCCUCAAUAACGUAGGGUAUUGGUCGACUACUGCGAUUGGAUCCUUAGUUGCUGGCCUAUCUUGUGACUCAUAUCGACUGGGAUAUCGGCGCCAACGCGGGAUUCUGGUUGGCGCCGUUGUUAUCCUAAUUAUCUCAGGCAUUUGGUCGGGCAUAUUGUUUCUACUGAUCAAGCACGACCUCAAUCGUCACGGAUCUCCCCCUCACGUGGACUGGACAGAUCGACCACUCUCGACAUCCGUGUCUCCUCUGAUUAUUUUGACUCUCUCUGGUCUCGUGCCCGGUUCAAUUACCGCGUAUGCCCAGUGGCUGGCAUCAUCCUACUCAAAUAAUCCGGUCGUUCUGGCUCGGUUGAUGGGCUAUGUCGAAGCUCUUCGAGGGUUAGGUCAGGCUAUCAUGUACGCCUUAGACUCUCACAAGGUGGCAUAUCGAACCGAAGGCAUCUUACUCUUCUCUUGUUUGAUGUGCGGCGCGGUGUCUUGCGUGGUGGCUGUGGCAAUCUACCCCAGCAACACAGAAUACGGUAGCGACAACGCUGUGGUCAUUCCUGAGGUCAUUGGGUGUCAUAGGAGCAUCUUUGAGCUAAAUCAAUCGGAUAAAGUCCGACAAGAAGCUGUUUCGGAGGACAGCGAGAAGAAUCCAGCCAACUACGGCGUCAUUUCUGAGAAAGCCGUUGGAAAUGUUGAAGAACUUUAG